CACUUUUCUCACUCAAGAUAAAAAGUGCUGUCAAACAAAAAGCUAAAAAAUAGCAUUUUCAUUCGGAUUUAGAUUGUGCUGCGUUACCAAUAUUUGUUUUGCAAGAAAAGCAAUUGAUCGUGAAAAUGGAGACUCGUUUCUCUAGUGGCGUCUCCGGUAAAAUCAUUACACCAACAGGUCCCAACAUUUGCCGUAUUUGUCUCCUCAAUGGAGGCCCUGUUGGAAGCGAUGGAGAUAACGCGAAAGGAAUGGAAUCGAUCUUUACAACGGUCGGUGAAUACGAAGAUAGAAGUUUGUACGGCAUUAUGAUGACCGUGUGUGCUCCUCUCGGCAAGAAGGAAGUGCUGAAGGGUAUGCCGGAUAGAAUUUGCCGUAGCUGCAAAUGGCGCUUGCUGUCCGCAUAUGAACUGUACGAUAUUUGUCUGCGCAGCGACGAAAAGAUAAGGGGGGUGAUGGAGUCGAAAAAACAGCUACUAUCCCAGAAAAAUCCUGAUCAGAUUUCUGUAAAGCAGGAAAUUAUAGAUCCCGAUGAUCAGGAUUACAAUCAUGAUGACACCGGUGGAUUGGAGAACUCAUCGUACAUGAUGGGGGACCAUUAUUUCCCGACAGCAGAGAGCACCCUGAUGAGUGACAACCCGACGGAACUGCUAGAGGAAAUGCAAACGACUGUAGACCCGAACGAAACUUUGUUCGAGGCAAAUUACAAAUUCGAUGAUAAUGGAAACCAUUGCUGUCUUAUAUGUGGCCAAGAGUUCGUCUACAAAAGCCAGUGUCGUUCCCAUAUUAUUGUCAAGCAUGAUCCUAUGAAGCCUUUCAAAUGCGACGUUUGUCACUACACAUUAACGACGGAACUUCGAUUGAUACGCCACAAGGCAAUGACUCAUGGCGAGGAGGAAUUGCUUGAGCCAGCCAUCAAGGAGGAAAAAGAUGAUCCGGUGGAUAGCAUAUACACUUGCAAGAUUUGUUCCAAAACCUUCACCUCGAUAGUUCGCUUCAAACGACAUAAGAACGUUCACGUCGUGUACAACAGACCGUUCAAGUGCGAUAUCUGCUUGUAUCGCUUCCCGAAUCGUGCUCAGCUGAACCAACAUGUUAAGCUACACCAAGAGAAGUCGGGGGAUGCUGACGGAGGCAGCGAGCAAAGCGAAUGGAAGUGUGACUAUUGCGACGAGAAACUACCUGGCAAACGGGCUCAUACCAUGCACGUUCGUCGAUUCCAUCCGCAGGAACUGCAGAACGAGGCGAAGGAAAAGAAUGACUAUAAAUGCAUAAUUUGUUCGGAAGCGUUUGCGAGGGAAAGUGUCCUCAACACUCACAUGAAAAUGCACGAGCUUUUGGCUUUUGAGAAGGACAAAGAACAGCGCCAGGAGCUGGAGCUGUUGGUCAAGAAGGAAUUGAAGGCCCAGCUACCCAAAGGUUCCGAAGGCAGCUCAAGUGUUGGGACGAGCGAGAGCCUGGGUGGAACACUUCUGAACAGCACUGGUAGCAAGAAGAAAAGCGAUGCCGAUGUUUGCUUUGUGUGCAUGAUAUGCGAACAUGAAUUUGAGGAACGUGAGCUGCUGUUGAAACAUCAGAAGCUGUUGCAUAGUGAGUUACAACUCAAUAUUGUGUCUGGUGGCCAGGAGGAUAAUGCUGCAACGACGGAGGGCACUAAUGAUGCUGACGACAACCCGACAGCUCUUGACAAAGAUGACGAAUCUACGAGCGACACGGCUAAAAAUGCUGACGAAGACGACUCGAUGGUGGUUGACGUUGAUCCCAUUCAACUGCUACAGCAAUCGGAGAACGGGCAGCCGAAACGUCCCGGUGCAUCUGCUAUACCCAAGUGUAACAUCUGUCAGAAAACAUUUAUGUACAACUGUCUGCUGCAGAGCCAUAUCAAGAAAAGCCACAGCGAGACCAAACCAUUUGAGUGCAAAAAGUGCCAUAUGCGCUUCGGUUAUCGGGGCACCCUCCAGAAACAUGAAUUGACACAUUCCGCUCAAAGCAUCCGAUCGGGAGAUCACGGUUCCAUUAUGUAUAAAUGUAAAAUUUGUUCCGCUAAAUUUCUAGAGCUUAAGCUGCUUACUUUCCACUUGAGAUCUCAUCGCAACUUGACGAUACCGGCCGAGUAUACUAUCCCAAAGAAGAUCGAGAUAUUCCAGUGUAACUUUUGCCCCCAGAUAUUCAAUGUCAAGGAAGAAUUUGACGAACACCUAUCGAGAGACCAUCGGCAGAACAUUCCUCCCCAGCAGCAGUCUACUCCCGUACAACCCCAACAGCAUCAUAACCACCAUGCGCGCAAAAAUCCGGAUCCACGAAAACGGUUAGCCGAGCGGCAGCCAAUGAAUGAGAAAGAGAUAUUCUUCGAUAAAUUAUCGAUCGUGAAGCUUGAACACCCCGCGAAGCCUGUAUCAAUGGAAACGAUAUAAGAUGGCCGACAGAAAAUAUUUCUUUACAGAAUGAACCGUAGGUAUAUAGCAUAAGCAACAAUAAGAGUAAAUCUAAGGAGGGGGUGGGUGAGAAAUCGAUAACUUUCAUGUGCAUUUUGAGAUAUCCCAUAUACCAUAUGGUAGCAACCAUUUAAGAUUGUGAAAUAAAUGAGGUUAAGA